AUGGUCUCCAAGGUUUUCAUCAUCGCGGCUGUCAUUGCCUACGUUGAGGCUCGUUUCGGACAGGAGCAAGUCCCUAUUGCGGCCAUCAGCAGUGUUCAGGGUGGUGCAGGCGGCGCUGCUGCUACUAUUGCAGGAGCUGCUAUUUCUGACUUGCUUGGUGCAGCAAACUCUUGCGACAAGCUCGUUCGUGCUGACCAAAUCUUCACUGAGCUCGGUGGUGGUGCUGAUGCCCUCGCUGCUGCCAUUGGCAUGGUAACAGCAGAGAAGAACACCAACCCUUUCGCCAACGGCAACGUUCAGAAUGUCUGUGGUGAUGCCUCACUUCCUGUUACCCCCGAGCUCCGUGGUAUCACUCCUCUUAUUGACCCUGCUGUCGAUGUCAAUGGCGAUGCCGCCGCUCUUAGCGCCAGCUCUGCUGCUAACCCCCUUGCCGCUGAUGGACUGAGUGUGUUUGAUCUCAUGGAUCAGGCUGGACUUGGCGACUUGGUUGUCAGCCAAGCUUCUGCUGGUGGUGCGGGUGGCGCCGCUGCAGGAGGUGCUGCCGCUGCAGGAAACAACAAUAACGCAGCUGCUGGCAAUAACAACAACAAUGCCAAUGCUGGCAACAACAACAACAACAAUGCCAAUGCUGACAACCAAGCUGCCACUGGUAAUGGAAACGCUGCCACUGGUAAUGGAAACGCUGCCACUGGUAAUGGAAACGCUGCCACUGGUAAUGGAAACGCUGCCACUGGUAAUGGAAACGCUGCUACUGGUAAUGGAAAUGCUGCCACCGACAACAACAACCAGCAGAACAACCAGCAGAACAACCAGCAGAACAACCAGCAGAACAACCAGCAGAACAACCAGCAGAACAACAAUAACAACAACCAGCAGAAUAACAACAACAACAACAACAACAACAACCAGGAUGCCGCAAACGACAACAACGCCGGCGCCGGUGCCAAUGCCGGCGCGGGAGCCGCAGCCGGCGGCGCAGACUUCGGUCUCUGCACACCCACCAUCACCUUCCAAGGCGGGGAGAACGGACGCCCGGCCGACGAAUUCACCUUCCAAAUCGCGGACCCUGUUGCGCGCGGCGGCCAGGGUGAAGCCCUCAACCCCGACAUCAUCACAAACGCGCUAUGCAACCAGCUCACCAACGUCUGCGAGGCCAACGACGCCGCCGUUGCCCAGUGCGAGAGCGCUGCUGCCGCUGUCCAGGGUGGAACUCGUAACAAGGCGCUUGCGGAUCAGUUCAACACGCUUAUUGGAUUCCCUGGUGCGGUUACCAACCCUGAUGGUGGACCAGAGGAUGUUGCUGCUGCUAAGAGGGCUAUGCGUAGGGGUUUGAGGUUGUAA